GUCAGUUUGCUCAUACACAAAGUCCAGAAUAGAGUACUAGAGUAUAAGACUAGAUCGCACAAGUUCUCGGAGGAAGUGAAGAAGAAAGUAUAUCCAGACACCAGGGGAGGAAAGAUGUCAGACACCAAUGUUCACACACGAGAAGGUUACCCAGAAACCCACAAGAAACAUAAUGACACAGCCAUAGAGCUUAUUUCAGGUAGUGUAGGAGGAGCUAUGCAGGUGUUAGUCGGUCAGCCUUUGGAUACAUUGAAAACUAGAGCACAAACAGCCCCGAGGGGGAGAUAUAAAGGUACUUUGGAUAUCUUAAGGCAGACGGUGAAGAAUGAGGGGUUGUUAGCUUUGUAUAAAGGAACGUUAUCCCCCUUGAUGGGAAUAGCCGCAGUUAAUUCUCUCCUUUUCUCAGCAUAUGGAAUGAGUAGAAGACUCGUUUCGCCUUAUCCUGAUUUGAGUGUUGUGCAAGUAGCGUUAGCGGGGAGUAUGGCAGGUGCUAUCAAUGCUAUUUUGGCUUCUCCUGUCGAGAUGUUCAAAAUCCGUAUGCAAGGACAAUAUGGAGGUUCUAGUGAUAAACGUCUCAAAAGGGUAGUGUCGGACAUGUGGAGACAAUAUGGGUUCAGGGAUGGUAUCAUGAGAGGAUAUUGGAUCACAGUAAUUCGUGAAAUACCCGCAUACGCGGGUUUUUACGCAGGAUACGAAACUACCAAACGUUCUUUUUCCCGUACUCUCCAAACCCCCAAUCCACCCGUUUGGGCUCUCCUCGUAUCAGGUGCAACCGGAGGAAUAUGUUAUUGGUUAGCUUGUUAUCCUCUCGACGUGGUAAAAUCACGAAUCCAAUUGGCCGAGAUGCCUCCUAGUCGAGGUGGAUGGUUGAGUGGGGGUUAUGUGACUAGAGAAUUGAGUGCUAUGCUGAGAGAAGGAGGGCCUCGAUCACUGUUCGCUGGUCUAGGACCCAGUCUACUGAGAGCUGUACCAGCGGCCGCGUCGACGUUUGUAGGAUUUGAACUCACAAGAGAAUAUAUUGUCAAACAUGAUUUAUUUUAG